CGCUCCAGCUCGUCCAGGGCUCGCCGCGCCCGCAGCCUCCCGUCGGGCCUCGCCCACCCGCCCUGUGCUCGCUCCCUCGCAGUUCCGCGCUCCCCUCUGUCUCUCCAGUUUCUCCCAGAGCCCAGGCCCCGCCUGUUUCCCGCCUCCAAGGCCAAGUUUGUUCCCGCCCAAGCCCUUCCCUCUCUGAGCCCUGCUGCUUCUGCUAAGGGCGGAGGCUCCAUGUUGUCUCCUCAUCGAGCGGUAGCGGCUGCCUCGGGAGGAGCAGGUGAUGCCAUGGAGAGUGGAAAGCCUGGUCCAGUGCAAGUUGUUUUGGUUCAGAAAGACCAGCAUUCCUUUGAGUUAGAAGAGAAAGCCUUGGCCAGCAUCCUCUUGCAGGACCACAUUCGAGACCUUGAUGUGGUGGUGGUGUCAGUGGCUGGAGCCUUCCGAAAGGGCAAGUCUUUCCUUCUGGACUUUUUGCUCCGGUAUUUGUAUUUCCAGAAAGAAGGUGGCCAUUCAAAUUGGUUAGGUGAUGCAGAAGAACCGUUAACAGGAUUUUCAUGGAGAGGGGGCUCUGACCCAGACACUAAUGGGAUUCAGAUCUGGAAUGAAGUUUUCACUGUGGAAAAGCCAGAUGGGAAGAAGGUUGCAGUUGUUUUGAUGGAUACCCAGGGGGCAUUUGACAGCCAGUCCACUGUGAAAGACUGUGCUACCAUCUUUGCUCUAAGCACCAUGACUAGUUCUGUUCAGAUUUAUAACUUGUCUCAGAACAUUCAGGAAGAUGAUCUUCAACAGCUACAGCUCUUCACAGAAUAUGGUCGUCUGGCAAUGGAUGAAAUUUUCCAAAAACCCUUCCAGACACUGAUGUUUUUGGUUCGAGACUGGAGUUUCCCUUAUGAAUACAGCUAUGGACUACAGGGAGGAAUGUCAUUUUUGGAUAAGCGUCUACAGGUGAAAGAACAUCAGCAUGAAGAAAUUCAGAAUGUCCGAAAUCACAUUCACUCAUGUUUCUCGAGCGUCUCCUGUUUUCUUCUGCCACAUCCAGGACUCCAGGUGGCCACAAGCCCUGAGUUUGAUGGGAAAUUGAAAGAUAUUGCCAGUGAAUUCAAAGAGCAGUUACAGAUACUGAUUCCGUACAUAUUGAACCCAGCCAACUUAAUGGAAAAGGAGAUCAAUGGCUCAAAAGUCACCUGUCGGGGGCUCUUGGAGUAUUUUAAGGCAUAUAUUAAAAUUUACCAAGGAGAAGAUCUGCCUCACCCCAAAUCCAUGCUUCAGGCCACUGCUGAAGCCAACAAUUUAGCAGCUGCAGCCUCUGCCAAGGACAUUUAUUACAACAACAUGGAAGAGGUGUGUGGGGGAGAGAAGCCUUACUUGUCUCCAGACAUUCUAGAGGAGAAGCACUGUGAAUUCAGACAGCUUGCUCUGGACCAUUUUAAGAAGACCAAGAAGAUGGGCGGGAAGGAUUUCAGCCUUCGCUACCAGCAGGAGCUGGAGGAGGAAAUCAGGGAACUCUAUGAGAACUUCUGCAAGCACAACGGCAGCAAGAACAUCUUCAGCACCUUCCGAACCCCCGCGGUGCUCUUCACGGGCAUCGUGGCUUUGUACGUCGCCUCGGGCCUCACCGGCUUCGUUGGUCUGGAGGUUGUGGCCCAGCUGUUCAACUGUGUAGUUGGACUGCUGCUAAUAGCGCUUCUCACUUGGGGGUACAUCAGGUACUCUGGCCAGUAUCGUGAGCUGGGCGGAGCUAUCGAUUCUGGAGCAGCGUAUGUACUAGAGCAGGCUUCUUCUCACAUUGGUAAUUCCACUCAGGCUGCUGUGAGGGAUGCAAUUGUUGGGAGACAACCUAUGGAUAAAAAAGCUCAAUAGCAUCUUAACGAGAGGAUCCAACAAGAACCCAACCAGCCCCUUCUGAUUUCUGCAUUUCUGCUGUAGCCACAGGUACAGGUCCAGAGGAAUGUAGCUUUGGGACCACCCAGGAAGAGCUGAAACAUGGCACCAAUAAAGGAAUAGACCUUUCCUGUGGUUUCAAACUCUUAAACACACUUCCAUUUCUGUGGGAAGCGUUUCUUUUCCUUGCUUAUGAUAGAGAUCCAAGCUUGCGUCUGUUUUUUAUUACUCUCUGCUUUGUGCACUUUAUGGGGGGAAAGCUAAAGGAGAAAAUGGAAAUGCAGUUUUAAGUCCUUUAUGCGCCACUUAGUGCCUUUUAAAACUGAAUUCGUGCUUUUGCAGGCAUGAUAGGGACUGAGGAAGCCUCAGGAAAGAGUGUUUGGGGUGAAACUUGUCAGUUCUUUUAUACCUUCCUCUAUUGAGAAGGAUUCCUUUUUAAAAAGUUUACAAAACUGGCAAAAGCUUUAGAGCUAAAGACUGAAAUGAUGCCAUUACAUAAAGUCUUAUAAUAUUAGAGAAUCCUGUCUGCCACACAGGGUGGAAAACUACUAUCAUGUUUAAAUCUAUUCACUGAAAUGUAAGGUCUUUUACCUGACAGGCUGUCAGUUUUAUUGGAACAUAUUUUUUUCUUUUGCCUUUAUUCCUAUACCUUCUUUCUAGAGAAGAGCAAACAUGCCUUGAAAAGCCAGAGGCUCAUAAUAAAAGGAAUGAACUUGAUAAUUUAAGAAAAGAGCUAGAGUUUAAAUGAACCAUGUGACCUCUGAUAAGUCACUUGAACUUGUGCCUUGGCCAGAUUCACUGUUUGUAGGUUUAUAUUGGUACUAGAGGCCCGGUGCAUGAAAUUUGUGCACUGGGGGGGGGUGUCCUUCAGCCCAGCCUGCGCCCUCUUGCAGUCUGGGAACCCUUGCUCCUUACCACCCCGCCUGCAGCGAAGGCCAGAGAGGCUCCCACCACCAACGCUGGGACGCUGUGCUCACCAGUCGUGAGCCUGGCUUCUGGCUAAGUGGCACUCCCCCUGUGGGAGCAUACUGACCACUAGGGGGCAGCUCCUGCAUGGAGUGUCUGCCCCCAGGUGGUCAGUGCUUAUCAUAGCGACCAGUCGUUCCGCCGUUCGGUCGAUUGCAUAUUAGGGCUUUAUUAUAUUGGUAUAUGUAUUAUACACUACCCUCACACAUUUGUCAUUUGAGAAGUUUUGUUUUUGAAAGUUCUGCAUAAGAACAAAACUUUAUUAUUAAUUAGAGGAAAGAUGGUACCAAACAUUAUGGCCUUUAAGUGAUGUCCUAUUGCACAUGGCUUAGCAGUAAAUCAGGUCUUAUUUCCUAUGCACUGUUUAAUAUAUUUAGUAAUGGAGCUAAAACUGUCAGUUUUAUUUAGUGAUUCUUCCUUUAUUUAACUUUACUUGACCUGUCUGGUAGCUUUAAAAUAGCUUUGGCUUAGUAAAGACCAAAGCCCCAUCCACAUAUGGACAAUAUCCAGAAAUAUCUAAUAAUUCUUCUUUAUUUACCUUGAUUGUGUGAUAAAAUUUUUUAUCUGUAGUUGCCUUUUUCUUUGGCUUAUAAUGGUGAAUUAUUAUGGAUUUUAAAAUUUGCCUGCAAAUAUUUAUAUAAACAUUCAGGCAUGUGAGCCUUACUUCUUAAGAUAAUUUCAUUUUUGUGGGAGGGUGGUAAGGAAGGCUUAGGCAAAAUCUGGGAAAAUUCUAUAUGUAUGAAGUAUGAGUGGAAGGUGGGAAAACAAAGUUUCUUCUGGCAUAUAAUCUAUUAAAGAUUUUUUUUGACUACUUUAACACCUAACCAUUUAAGUAUUUUUAUAAGGCCUGAAUUCCAAGCAUUUUAUAUUUUUUUCGUAUUUACAUACCAUCUUGCCCUGAAGUUCCUGCUAUUUUAUUCACUUGCUGUUAGAUUUAGAAAAAUUUCAGGUGGUUAUAAAAACUGUUUCCUUGCUUAUCAGUGAUGCUUAGUUUUGAAUAUUAAAUUGAAAGCUUAGCUUUGAAAAGUUAGUCCAUUUUCAGGGGGCCUCUCAUCUUCCUGCAGGCUCACACUUCUCAGCGAAAGGCCUUACAGAUAUUAACUAAAAACAAACCUACAGAAUCACUAUAGUUCAGAUUGAAAACAUCAAUGUGUUGGAUGAUGUUUCGCUAGAACUAAAUUACUGAUAUUGGGUUUAAUAAACCUACUAUUUACAUGUUUUACUUUUUGCUAAAAAAAAAAAAAAAAAAGCCUUACUGCAUUUUAUAAGCAUAUUUAUAGAUUUCAGAAUAAUUGUCUAGAUUGGUCCUACUCCUUUUUUUUAGUGGUGAGAAAAGGAAGAUGUGUCUAAAAGGUACUUUAAUUCUAAAGUAUUAGAUUUUUAAAAAUAAACAUGAUAAUGUAUGAUUUAAUGAAAUCUUAGGAUUGAUUUACUGUUUAAAUUCACCAUUUUUGUUUUGAUCUUAAAGGAAUAACUUGGUUUAAUUACCUACGGGGAAACUUUGUUUUUUGGGUCUUUAUUAGUUAACACAUUCUGCUCUUGAAAAGUGUUUAUAAAGUUUUCUCAGUGAGGAUUCUUAUGAAUUUUCUUUGCCCUCUCUUCUCUUUUAACAGUGAACUGAUGACUUUAUAUCACCUUUUUCAAUAAAAGAUGCAUUCUCAUUGCUGGCCUACAUAGUCUUGGGGAGAUUGAUAACCAGGCUGAAAAGAAUGUCUUUUACCUCGGAACUUCCCUCAGCCUUUAAUUAGUGGGUCAGGGACAUUAGGAGUUCAGAUUGUUUGCUUAGUGUUUGUCGCUCUGCCACUCCUGGCUGGCCUUUCCACACAGCAUUGUUUAUUUACACAUUCCUAACAGUAUAUGGGCGCUCCUAUUAACAUAAAAGGAGGUUUUCAAAUUUCUCUCUUAAAAUAACUCAUUUCAGGAGAAGUUAAAUGUUAAGGCUUUUUUGUUGUUUUUUUAUACUUCCAAUAAGCUUAGAGUAAAAUUAAUAGAAUAAAAGUUUUGAUUCUUUCAUGGGGAAGUCUUUCUAGAUUGCAUUGUAGACAAACUGAGGGCAAACUGUCAUGUUGUCAUGUGUGAUAAUGAAACAUCUUCAGACUCAUUCCGUAUUAGCAGUACCCUGAGCAAUCUGUUCCACGGAGGGCUAUGUACUCACACUUGGUAAAGUCGCUUGGGAAUAUUGGUUUUGUUUUACCUGUUAUUUUUCUUUUUUCUCUUACAUGAAGUUAAAGGCUUUAGGCAAACAAACUGCUUUCUGCUGGCAGUGUGUUUCUUUAGCAUCGUACCCACCGUUCUCAUGGGUGUGUCUCAGAUAGGGUAUGCAUGUAUGAAUUACAGAAGAGUCGAGUAAAUUGAUGUAAAAAUGUUUUAUAUUUUUCCUAGAGGUUUUUUUUUUUUUUUUAAUAGUUUACAUGGAAGUCAUAAUGGACCUUUUUUCUUUUUAAUCUUCACCUGAGUAUAUGUUUAUUGAUUUUUUUAGAGAGAGAGAAGGUGGGGGGAGAGUGAGAGAAACAUUGAUCGGUUACCUCCCGUAUGGGCCCUGAUCGGGGAUAUAGCCUACAACCUGGGUAUGUGCCCUGACCAGGAAUUGAACCUGAAACCUUUUUGGUGUGCUGGACGACACUCCAACCCAUUGAGUCACUCUGUUGGGACUUCAUGGAACUUUUUUUUUUUUUACCCCAUUGUAAAAGACCAUUUGCAAUUGGAUAGUUUUCCUUGUUAAAUCAUACUGUAGCUAUGUUUUGAGUAUUGGUUCUUACCUAUCUUGGAGUACAUAAGACUUACCUGGAAUUCUUGUUUAAAAAGUUUAAAUUACCAGCUUUCUACCCCAGGGGUUGCCUCAGUUGGUCCGGUCUUUGGCCCCAGAAUCACUGCUUUUGUAUACAGUAGUGCAGGGGCCUCAGAGACAGCAGUGAGAGACUGCACUGCAUGGUGGGAAAGUGCAGUUCAGGAUGGCCUGGCGGCAAGUGGGUGGCUUUUCCUUGCAGUUCAGAUGAGGUGGUCUGCCAGGUGCAGUCACUGACAGUGCACAGUGUUCAGAACAGUCAGGGCGCCUGUAAUUGGAGGAUUAUCUCAGCUCCUUGAAGCUGUUCCUCAAAAUGAGGAUGUCACAGUGCCUUCUCUGAGCAGUGAAUGUACAAGUUACACAAGUGUCCUAUUUAGUGGCAGGUGUCAUUAGGAUUAAAAAAAAAACGUUUGAAAGUUGUGUUUCUUUUUUUUAAUCCUCACCCAAGAAUAUGUUUCCAUUGAUUUUUAGAGAGAGAGAAACAUCGAUUGGUUGCUUCCUGUAUACAUCCUGAUCAGGGAUCAAACCAGCAACCUUUUGGUGUACGGGAGACGCUCCAAUUAACUGAGCCACCUGGCCAGGGUAAAAGUUGUAUUUCUUUUAAAAAGCAAAAUUCAGCACUGUAACUUGAACCCCUAACUCAUAUACAGAAAACCUUAAACCAUAAGUAAAAGUAAUGAACAAAAAGACAGGAGAUGACCAUAACUUUGAAAAUUAGCAACAAAAGUAACCCAUAUUAGGAACUUUUCAAAAUCUAGGAGCAGAAAGAUUAAAAAUAUUUCUUUCUUGGGAAGAAUUUCAUUUGCCAGAAAAAUUUAAAUGUGGUGUUCUUGUGACCAAGGGAAGGUGGACUUUGACUCCCAAAACUUUCCAAUUUAGAUGAAAAAACGCUGCCAUAGACUAAAGCCUGAAAGGAGUGGAUGUUAAUCUUGAACAUAUACAAUUUUCCUUCUCAGAUUUCUUUUAAAUGAUUUGAUGAAAGUACUUUUCUCUUAUACCCUUUAAAAAUGGCUUUAAAAUUUAAUAUACUUUAAAAAAGUGCAAUAGGAUAAGAUGAUGCUAUUAGUAUAUUAAAAGCAUGUUUCUGUUUCUGUAAGGUCAUUUAAUGGAAUAAAGAUCACAGCCUCA